CUAACCUCUCACGCUAUUUCUAAAAAUGUCCUAAGAAAAUUGAACAAAUAAUUGGUGAGCAUGAAGUGAGGAAAAAAUUUCCAUCAUCUCGGAUGGAGCCAAAAUUUCACCAUUUUUGGCUUUGGGAUAUGAUGGAAUAAAUCAAAAUGGAUCUCUAAACUGUCUGUGCUUCUUUAAUUAAUGAAGUAGCAGUUAGUUAAGCAAUGCAACUUUCGACGUUGAGCCGGGGGUCUCUUUGGAAACAGCCUCUCUACUUUCGAGUAGGGGCAAGUGAGGAAAAAGUUGCAUGCACAUCCCACCCCCACUCUGGCACACUGCCCCCCCUCUGCUUGGUUAUCACCGCCUCCGCUCGCUAAAUUCUCGAGACCUCAACAAUCUUUUACGGAGUAGAUCUCACGCGAAUAUUUGUCUUUCAGCUUUCUUCUGAGUCCAACCAUGGUUGCGCAGGAAUUCACCGUGGAUCUGAAUAAACCCCUUGUCUUUCAGGUUGGCCAUCUUGGAGAAGCUUAUGAGGAGUGGGUUCAUAAGCCUAUUGCUAGCAGAGAAGGCCCUCGUUUCUUUGAAAGUGACUUUUGGGAGUUUCUCACCCGCACUGUGUGGUGGGUAAUUCCUGUCGUAUGGCUACCUGUUGUAUGCUGGUUCGUUUCAAUGUCUCUUCGGAUGGGUCACAGUGUUCCUCAUGUGGCACAAAUGGUAGCAUUGGGUAUUUUCAUUUGGACACUGAUAGAAUACAUUCUUCACCGUUUCCUUUUCCAUAUUAAGACAAAGAGCUAUUGGGCAAAUACCUUCCAUUAUCUUAUUCAUGGUUGUCAUCACAAGCACCCCAUGGAUGGGCUGCGCCUUGUUUUCCCUCCUGCUGCUGCAGCUGUUCUCUGUGUUCCCUUCUGGAACAUGGUGAAGUUCUUUUCUACACCCUCUACUACUCCAGCUUUGUUCGGAGGAGGAUUAUUGGGUUACGUCAUGUAUGAUGUGACACAUUACUACUUGCACCAUGGACAGCCAAUAAGUAAUUUGCCACGAAGUCUGAAGAAAUACCACUUGAAUCACCAUUUUCGUAUCCAGGACAAAGGUUUCGGCAUCACCUCGUCAUUAUGGGACAGAGUGUUCGGAACAUUACCUCCAUCAAAAUCAGAUGUGAAGAGUAGAUGAUUGGAUUAAGAAAACAUUUGUCCAAUGAGUGGUCAUUAUUAGACAGGCUGUUGUAAGCCUUAGAAAUUCUUUUCACCGCGUGCAUUCUUUCCCUUCAUCAACCUUGGCAGUGUUAGUGUAUGAAAAUGCUUUGGAUACUACUGUAUAUGCAUCAUUCUCAUCUUUGUUUAUCAUUGUUUUGAAAUGAUCAUAUCAUUAUUAUGUUCAUGUUAUAAAUUUUUGGCCAAUUG